GUUUAACUAUAAAAAGGGUUUUUUCUCUUCUCAAUAUGUUCUCUUCUCACUUUCACAUUCAGACACACGAGCAUCAUCACGAACACCCAGACUGACCCACACAUCCUCUUUCUCUCUCUUAAAGCCAUUGGUUGGCGGGCUUCUGAUGUUGUAAUCGGAAAUACCACCGGAAAAACUGAACAAAACCAGAUAGAAACGGCCAAUCUCCAUCUCUCCUUCUUUCUCUCUCGAUUAAGUUUACACUUUUCCGAACUCGUAUUGGUGGGUAUCUCAGUGCUUUCUUUCCUUUCACUUGGAUCAAUUUUUUUCUUUAUUGAUUUUUUUUCUCUCCAUUUCUCAAAGAAAUAAGAAUGGCGAGAGAGAAAAUUCAGAUUAAAAAGAUCGAUAACGCGACGGCGAGGCAGGUUACUUUCUCGAAAAGAAGAAGAGGGCUUUUUAAGAAGGCUGAGGAACUCUCCAUCCUUUGCGAUGCUGAAGUCGCUCUCAUUAUUUUCUCCUCAACUGGAAAGCUCUUCGAGUAUGGUAGCUCAAGUAUCAAGGACACAGUGGAUAGGCGUAGUCUGCAUUCUAAGAACCUCCAAAAACUGAACGAACCUUCCCUUGAGCUGCAGCUAGAGAACAGCACCUAUGCCAGGUUGAGCAAGGAAGUUGCUGAGAAGAGCCAUCAACUGAGGAGAAUGAGGGGAGAAGAUCUGCAGUGGUUAAGUAUAGAGGAAUUGCAGCAGCUAGAGAAAUCCCUCGAAACCGGAUUGGGUCGUGUGAUAGAAAGAAAGGGUGAAAGAAUUAUUGAGGAGAUCAGCACACUCCAGAGAAAGGGAUCACAAUUGGAGGAGGAGAAUGAGCGAUUGAGACAGCUGGUGAACAUGUCUAAAGGCCAUUUCCUUGUCCCUCAUGAAUCUGAAAACAUAAUCUAUGAAGAAGGCCAAUCAUCAGAAUCUGUUACUAAUAUCUGUAGCUCUGUUGGUCCACCUCAAGAUUCUGACAGUUCUGAUACGUCUCUGAAGCUGGGGUUAGGAAUUUGAAGGACGGUGCUGGUGGAAAUUAUCAAAUUACUGUAAUUGCAAAAGGGGAAGGCUCUAAAUUCUCUAUGUUCCCUUAAAGUGAAGCUAGUGUUUUUUCUUUUCCUCCUUUUUCCGAAAAGAAUGCAAACAAGUAUCUAUAUUGCUAUCCAACCAAUCAAAAUUACAGUAUGGCUAGUCUUCUUACAGUAGAAUCUUUGUUGUAUGUAUUGAAAAAAAAGAGAGAGCAUAUUCGCUUCUUUAUGGGGGAAUAUCUGUGUGCGAUAAUAAUUCAGUUAAUGCAUGGGGCACUGAUGUCAA